ACUAAUAGGCUACUCUGUCGUGGUUUCUGGUACCGAGUCUCUGCAAGCAAGCAAGCAUCUUCAAUUUCUUUCUUUCCUCAUUCUUUGAAAGCAAACAAGAGGAAUGAAUAAGAUUUUCGUUCGGUGGUGUCAUCGUUUCUUCGUCUUCUUGCUUCUUACAAGGGUUUCCUUAACCUCAUCACUCCCACACACUCAUAAUGGUUAUGUAGAUUCAGAUGCUGCAAGAAUUCUGAAUCAGGAGCAAGGUGAUGUUCAUCAAAUACAUUGCUCUAGAGAAAGAAGUAGAAUAGCUUGGAAGAUCAUUCAAGAGUAUUUGACGCCAGUUGUGGAGAAAGAAAAAUAUAAUAUCUCAAGAAAGUGCAGACUUCACCCUGAAAAUGAUAUCUACAGAGAUCAGGAACAGCAUAAAUCUCAUAUAGAUAUAAAUGAGUGGCAGUGUGGAUACUGUAAGAAAACUUUCUACGAAGAGAAACAUCUCGAUCAGCACUUUGAUAACAGACACUCCAAUUUACUUAAUUUGAAUGAAAGCCAGUGCUUAGCAGAUGUAUGUGGAGCAUUGCACUGUGACCAUGACAUCAAUUCCAGGUCAAAAAAAUCAAAGUGCAAUCCUGCUGCAGCAGCAAGAAAUAAACAUCUAUGUGAGACCUUAGCAGACAGUUGUUUUCCGGUUAACACAGGUCCUGCGGCAAGCCGGCUUCAUGAAUUCUUCUUGCAUCAAUUCUGUGAUGCCCAUAGUUGCACUGGAAGUGGAAAGCCUUUCUCCAGAGGGCGCAGGAAAAAGAAAAACGGGUUCUACAUUGCUGCCUCCAUUUUUCUUGUGACGCUGCUGUUAUUUUACUAUCUAUACAUUUAUUUAUAUCAAAGAGGAUUGAAAAGGGAAACUCAAAUGCUGAAACGUAUCUCACAAGCUGGCCGAAAAAAGAAGCCAUCUUGACCAGUAGAUCUUCAUUCCCUUCUGAAGCUCUCAACCUGAUUUUUCAGAAAGUGAAGAUGUACCUAAUGGAUUUAUGGAUUCAGCUAGAACUGUACUGCAUUUGAAACCCUUUCUGCAAGUCGUCGCCAGCUUCAAAUCCACAUCUAUUUGUUUUGCUAAUUGUAAGCCGAAUUCUUUGUAAAUUUAGUUGUUGUUUAGAUAUAAGUUUCCUCCACAUUUAUUGCUUUUACGAGUUAACUGCGCCUUUAUUAUGAUCUUAUAA